UCGGGGCAAAGUCCAUCUGCUGGGUCAAACACAAGUAGUGCUGACAUUAUCACGAUUUGUUACACCAAAACAACUCACCAAAAAAACAAGUCUGUGAGAAGAGACACAAGGAGACGGACGAGCAUGGAUACAACAUCUUCAUUUAUCAAAUCUGUGACCAAGCGAGUGUGGUCCCCACCACAGCGUCCCUUCAGAGUCUGCUGUCAUGACAGGGAGACCAGGAAGGGCAUCACGGCCGGGACCCUGGAGGAGCUGAAAGAGAGGGUGUGCCAGGCUUUGCUGCUGUCCCUGUCUGCGGUGUCUCUGUCUCUGGCCUGUGAGGAGGACGGUACAGAGGUGGACUCCGACAAAUUCUUCAUGACCCUGCCUGACAACACCAUGCUCAUGGCCCUGGAGCCUGGACAGACGUGGAGACCACAGCCGGGUGCAGUCGUGUCCAAAUCUCAGGAGCACAAGCCUCGGACCGGGAGAGACAUAGCUCGCGUCACCUUUGACCUGUACAGGAUCAGCCCGAAGGAUGUCUUUGGCUCCCUGAAUGUGAAGGCGACAUUUCAAGGCCUGUACUCUGUGAGCGCCAACUUUGAAUGUCUGGGGCCCAAGAAGAUCCUCAGAGAAGCCCUGCGUGUAGCCUCCACCCUCCUGCACGCCGCCGGACACCUGCUCAUCACUUCCGCCUCCAUUAUCCGCCGCAUCAUCGAAGGCGCUGAGCUGUGGCAGCCACAACAGAAGACGGAGUACACGGCCAGCUGGAACUAGACAGAGCCAAGAGAGACCGAUCCAGUUGAAACAUCUGGUCCCAUUGUUUAAUCAGGAUUUGUAGGAAGGUCUGAAUCUCAUUGGGUAUCUAUUGUUUUGUGUGGAUGUAGAAUCUGUAUCAGCAAUCAGUGAUAGUCUUAUACGAGGUGAUCAUAUGAACUUCAGGUUAUAAACAGAAUGUAACAAGAGAAAAAUAAAUGUCAGUAAUAACAGAAGAGGCUUAGGAUGUAGCUGGAUAACAUGAGAAUGAGUGUCAUUGGUAUUCUAUUUUUGUGCAAUAUAUACAUAAUGUUGUAGAAUUGUACUUUAUUUUUUGUUAAUUUGGUGCAUAUUAUGUGAACUGCUCAUUACAUGACAUUACAGGUGAUAACAAAGCCCUGUUUGAUCUGAAACAUCAGUCUUUUUUGAAAAAAAGGAAAUAUUACAGUUGCAGUUCAUUUAGUCAGUUUAUUAAUGUUUCGAUGUAACUAAUCACAAGAGGAGUUGUGUUUCGAACAAUCAAAGUCUUUUGCUGAGAAUAAAAACAUUUGCACAGCA